AUGAACCUGAACAAGCGCCGGCUGAUAUUCUGCACGUUUAUUUACUCGUGCGCCGCCAUCGGUCUCAUUGGCGCUGGCCUGGGCUCCAAACGAUGGGUCGUGGCGUCGGCUCGGCGCACUUCCAACACUACAGAGUCUGUGGGCCAAGUCAACCUAGGGCUGUUUUACGGCGAUAAGUACUUAAAUAUCGGCUAUGGACUACGGACGUACAGCGUCGAUGUGAUCGAAAUGAUGAAAAUGGAUCCGGAUAUUAUGGUGUACAGCCUAUGGGCAUUGACUGUUAUUGGGGUAUUAGCCGGACUCAUAAUGGCCGUGGCUGCAGCAGUAUUCGCAGUCAUAAAUUCAGCCAUUACUCCUAUAUCUGCUCUAGCUGGCAUACCGGGUCUUUACUUUUGGAACAUCAGUGCAAUGUUUUUCCAACUGUUGGCCGGCAGUUUAUGGGUGGGUCAAUAUUACCAGAGACUGCAGUACAAUGUGAUGAAUAAAGACGAUCGACGCAAUAAAUGGACGUCAGAAGGAAACGCUUCACUAGGAUUCUCAUUCUGGUUCAUCAUUCUUGCAUCCAUUUUACACAUGUUGAAUAUCUUCAUCGUGUUCUGGGCAACCAGUAAUCGCUCGAGAAAGUCACCAUCGCCAAUCAUUGAAGAAAAAACUAACGGAGCAAUCAUGCUGUAUUAA